UUGCGUUCUCGUGCGUGGCUGUCAGCAGCAGCGAGCCUCAGUGGACGUCCAGCGCAUAGCUCCGGGAUUUCUACUGAACCACAUGAGACGCUUGAGACGUGCCUGGCUACCUGCUCACAUUCAACCCUUUUUCGCCUUUGGAUAUUGCUGCCACUUGAAACGCAUUCGCACACUUCAGUCUCGUGCGUAUUUUUCGACUUCUGAAGUGGGCUGCUGUGUAAUGAACUGCGCGCCUGAGGGGAGACUUUUCCAAAAACUUUAAAGAAGACUUCUGGAACUUUUGGAGUAACAUCAUUUACAGUGUUGGCUACAACGCGGAUAGUUCAUGUUAUAUUUAUUUAUUUGACAAAAGCUGACUUUUAAUCUGUAAAAAAAAAAAAAAAAAAAUUACAGACCUGUCCAGAAACAUGUUCAGCAAGUGCUCCGUUGUGUUAUUGAAUGUCCUGUUUCUGGUACGGGCACUCUCGGCGCACGAGUGCACGCCGUGUAACCUCCGGGCAUGUCCCGUCAAAGCCCCGCACGCCUGCGAGAGUGGCCGGACCUUGGCUAGGGAUCCGUGCGGGUGCUGUGACCAGUGUACUCGUCUGGAGUGGGAGACCUGCGGCGGACAGGACUGGGCGCACGGCUACUGCGCUCUGGGGCUGACCUGCGCGUCUGUCAACAAGACUGGAGCAGCUACAAUCCCUGAAAUUGGAGUGUGUAAAGUGCUCCCAGAUCAUCCAGAGGCCGGCCUGGAGGACGCGCGCUGCCCCCUGAUGACAGGCUGCAACCGAGCUGGAGGUUCGUGUGUGUGCGAUGCCCGUCACUCCUGCUUAGGCUCUUUCACUUAUCCAGACCAAGACACCUGCAUGAAGGCCAGCAAAUCAGAGGGUCGCAGGCAUGAGCAUCGGGACAGACACAGAGAGAAGUAUGUGGGACCGUCCAACCCAGCCUGCAUGUUUUCCGGGUGUAACCUGACCGCCGAGGGCUGUGUGUGUGAGUCUCAGAGCUGCCACCACCACUUUGCCUACAUCAACCGAAGCCAGUGCCAGGAAGCUGCAGAGGAGCUGAGGUGUGCCGGAGUGACAUGUCCCACCCUUCAGGUGCCGUCCUGCCCAAAUGGUUCUGUUCUGACCAAGAGUUACACGACCCCUACUGGUUGCUGCCCCUCCAUACCACCCCAGUGCACUUGUGACCUGCAUGCCUGCCACAAGCCCCAGUGCCCGAGCGGACAACGCACUGUGCCAAUCAGCCAGGCCAGCGGUCAGCCAGGGGACUGCUGUGAUGUCUUUGAGUGCCAGAAAGUCUCCCCCAAGUGUGUCCACAAUGGGAAGGAGUUUUCCGAGGGAGAGGUGUACCGCAUGGACCCCUGCUGGCUGUGUCAGUGCCGUGGAGGAAUCUCUUUCUGCUCCAAGGCAGAGUGCGCCGAGCUGGACUGUGAAAACUUCUACAUUCCUGAGGGAGAGUGUUGCCCUGUCUGCAUAGAUGUUGAGUUACUCUCGAUGGACAGCACUAAAGCUAGUUGCUGGGUGAAUAACAAGCUGCGAGCCCAUGAGGAGCAGUGGAAGGAGGACGACUGCACCUUCUGCCAGUGUGUGGAUGGAGACCCCCACUGCACGGCAAUGGCCUGCAAACAGAGCUGCCAAAACCCGGUCAAGAUCCCAGGAGAGUGCUGUCCCUUCUGUGAAGAGCCUUCCUAUGAAACAGUUAGCCCCAUGCUAUGUCCUCCCCUGGAAAACUGCUCCCUGUCAGGCACCGAUUGCCCUUAUGGUUUCCAUCAAGACAAGAAUGGAUGUCUGCUCUGCCAGUGUCUCAAUAAUGACUCCUGCCCUGACCUUGGAAAAUACUGUUCCCUGCAAUGUCCGAUGGGAUAUGAGAGGGACGAUUUUGGCUGUGAGGUUUGCGAGUGCAGCAUCCCCAUGAUCAAGUGCCGACCUUUGACCUGCACCAAGACCUGCCCCUAUGGAUAUGUGAGGAACAAGCAUGGCUGUGAAAUGUGUCGCUGUGUCAAGUGCCCUCCCUUCACCUGUGACAAGCACUGCAGUGACGGCUAUCAACAGAACAAGAAAGGCUGCUCCAUCUGCAUGUGUAAAGAAAGUGGCCACGAACCGGACACCACCGCCCUGGCACCAAUGCCCGAUUAUUGUCUCACCUCCAAUGGGCACCGAUACGAGGAAGGUGACGGCUGGCACGACGGCUGCCGCGACUGUUACUGCCACUCUGGACGGGAGAUGUGUGUGCUCAUAUCCUGCCCUGUGCCCAGCUGCUCUAAUCCAGUCGUGAGGCCUGAGCAGUGUUGCCCUACGUGUGAGGAAGAAUCAGGCAGUGGUCAGCCAGAGGGGAUGGACAUGGUGGUGUGCAGAGCCCCCGGGGGAGAGUUUUAUGUGGAAGGGGAGACCUGGAACCUGGACGAGUGCACACGCUGCACCUGCAGGAAGGGACGUGUCCUGUGCGACACUGAAGUGUGCCCCCCAGCCCUCUGCCAGACGCCAAUCAGGAACAAAGACACCUGCUGCCAUGCAUGCCCAGAGGAGAAGCUGACCCCCCUGCUGCCGGUGAACAACAGUCAGCAGGAGUACUGCAUCACCAGCGACGGAGACGUGCUGCUGGCUGGAGACUCCUGGAAGGCCAACGCCUGCACAAGCUGCACCUGCAACAACGGCACCAUUCAGUGUUUCUCUCAGCGCUGUCCUGCUGCCAACUGCAGGGUGCCCGUCUUACGCAAGGGCCAGUGCUGCCCACACUGUCUCGAAAUAACAACCACGUUGCCGGUAAUGGUGUCCACCAAUGCUCCCAAGACGAUAGUCACCGUUACAGCGGAGAGUGCAGCGUGGAUCACCACGGUCACGGUACCGCCAAUCAUCGCUGAAACAGAUGAGCCAGCUUUGGGCGAGAAUUACCCCAGCCAAACAGAGAUGGCCCUUAUCUACCAAUCAGCAGCCUGGAUCCUGGCAGGUCUCCUCCUGGCCAUCAUCAUCUUCCUCGUCGUGGCGUUGCUAAUCAACAAGAAAAAGAAGUGGGUGCAGAUGUCCUGCUACAGUGCGCCAAAGAAGACGGUGAUCCUAAAGAAGCAUGUGAACAAGAACGCAGUCGUCUACAUGGAGCCCUCCAAGGAGAACAAGUUUCAGAACGUGAAGAAUGACUGUGGCAUCAUCCACUUCUCUCCAGAAAUGAGCUCCUCCUGUGUGGACAAGAUGACCAUCCCCAGAGCCAAGCUGAGUAUGGGGAAAGACUGGACGCCGCGCUAAUAAGACACAAAGCUCAAACCCCUGCAGAUCAGAGCUGCCUGGCCCCUCCCACUCUCUCUCACUGCCUUUAGUCACUGACAACACCUUGGAUGCCACCUUGCUCCCACCCUUUCUCUCUGUGUGACAGUUAAACUGAGGAUGUUCCCAAGAGACAAAGAAACUGAUCUCUGGUUUCCUUUAUUUUGUGUCCGUUACCGUCUGUUUUUGGGAUCUUUCAGGUGGAGUGAGACGCUGGAAGGUGGACUUAAGGGUGGACUUUUUUUUGUGGACACAGCCACUCUGGGCUCUGCUUGAAAAAAACAAAGUAGGAGGCAGCCACAGAGGCUCCUCUGUCAGAAUCAGACUGUGACUGAGAACUUUGUAAAAUUAUUGCUCAUUACUGCCUCCUUUGAAACUGGAACUCUGAGGCAAUAAGAGGAGCAUAAAAAGCUUUAGGAGGGGGGUUAUGGGGCUGCAGUUUAAAGGGGGUUUAGAGGACGCUGCCCCCUCUUAGCUCAACUGUGCUUCUUGGAUGUAAUCAUCUCCAUCAGCAGGAAGCCCAAGAGAACUGAUAAUACUCACGGAUCAAAAUUGGGUUCAGAAGCCAAAUCAUAACAAGGCUUUAUAUAGACCCCAGGAUCCAAAACUCCUGCUUUAGAAUGUGUGCUUUCCAUCUUCCUUUUCGUGUAUUUCUACAGUGUUUGUACUUGUUGUAGUGUUGUUCUUGGCCCUCACUUGUUUUUUUAUUAUAGGCUUUCUCCAACGGGCCGGAUUGAAAUAUUUUGAAGAUGUUACAUUCCUCUCGAUAUAAGUUCAGGAAGGACAAGCUUCCUGAAUAAUAGCCUACCUUCAGAUGACCCGAGUCAUUCCAUUCAGAAAACUCCAGACAACAAACCGCAAUCCUAAGAAUGGAAACGUGAAUCUGCUCUCCACCCCUGCAACACAGUAGCUAAUGACCACUUUAGCUCAUCCAGAAGGAAUCAGCCAAUCAGUCGUGCUUCAUCGUCGUAGAAAUGACAGGAAUUAAGUUCACAAGGAGUGAUAUUCAUCCUUGAAGGAAUGUCCUUUUAUUGAAUGCAGCAAAAGAAAAUGGUGCCAGACACUUCAUCUGGACUUAAGAGGAAUGUCUCUGCUACCAUGCCUCAUUUCACACCUUCAUUCCCAUCUGUGUGUGUAUGUAUGUGUGUGUGUGUGUGUGUGUGGCAUCUGUUCACACUGAAUGUAAGAAGCCAGAAAUGAUUCAUUCUAAAGCCUUAAUUCUGAAGCCUUAAUGCAUUGAUAUCUUGUCAUAAAAAAAUCGUGUUAAUCGUGUUACCCCAAAUCAGGGCAUCUAAACAGAGAAACAUAUUCACUCAUUAUUAGGAGGGACAGAUUGUGUAACAGGAGAGUGUAAUGGGAGCUGAACAAACAAAUGGUUCACAUUACAACAGCAGAGCAUGUAAAAGAGAUGUAGCACUUUUCUUUUAGCAGUCUAGAAAGCACUCUGCAGGAUUCUUGGACGGAUAAAGUCCCUAAUCAGGGAUUUGAUUGGCAUAUUAAGCACACAGAGAUGUUAAACCACUCAUGUGAACACAGCGUUUGCGGCGAGAGGCUCCACAACGAUUCUGAUCGGACAGAAUCUGAGAAGUGUUAUGAAACAAAAUGUGGGUUUGAUCGAAACAACAACAAAAAAAAAGUUUAGGAUCCCAGUUCUCAAUCCAUUGCCAACUUCUCGAUACAAAGACAAUUCUGAUGCCAAAAUUGGUUAGAGACCAAUUAAUAUUGAAGUGUUUUAGAUACUCGGUAGAUCUGUGUCUGUUUGAACUAUGACCAUGUGCUUUAAAAUGAAGAGGCGACUGUAAAAGCUUACGCAAUUCUUUGUUCUGUGUAAAAAAAAACAAAAAAAACGUAGUUUAAAGUAGUAGGACAAAAGAGUACCUUAUUUAUUUUUUCACAUAGCUUUAUUUAUUAAUACUAUAGUUUGAGUUGUUUUUUUGUUUUUUUUGAAAAUGAACUUUUGGUAGCCAAAGCUGCUGUACAUUGUAGACUAUUUACCGUUUCUAUCUGCUAUAUUCUUUACAACCUUAUUUAUUUCACCGUUGCAAAACCUUGUAAAUAUGUUUCCUAGAUGAUGAAAUGUAACAUUUACACUUCUUUUUGAGAAUAAAUGUGUGAAUCAAA